CAGUGUCAAACGAGUAACAUGGCGAGAUUAGUGCUCAUCUUCUGCCUGGCUCUGGUGGCUUGUGUCGUAGCAGCACCGGGUAUCAUCCACGACCACGGGCUCCACGACGGGUACCACCAUGGCGGCUUCGGCGGUGGCGGCGGCGGCGGCGGCGGCGGUUUCGGCGGCCAGGGCCAUGGGCCGCACGGCGGAUUGGGCCACGUUGGCCAAACACAGUCCUUCUCGAAGGCUUCGGCCAGUGCUAGCUCGCAAUCCGGCUCUGGCACCAUUGGAUAAGAUUAUAUUAAAAGGAACUCAACUGACGUCGACGAUGAGGCUGUUAACUUAACGUUUCUACCAGGGAUUAUUUUUGUUAUGUAUUUAUUUAAUUUAAGUAAUUUCAUAUAAAAAAUCUCAUUUUUUUUAUCAACUCAAGUGAAUGUAAUGAUUGUCAUCACUUUAGUAAGCAAUAUGUUGUAACUGAUAUAAAUGCUUUAGGUUAUUUUAUUUAUUUCUUUACACUUACAUUACGAUUUUACACUUUCACGAUUUAGUAUUAAAUUAUGUGUUAAGAUAAGUAUAAUUAGAAAGGGCAUGAAAUAAAGCACAUUUAAUUAAAAUUGUCUUUUAUUUUAUUUUCUGGAGUUCUUAUCUAUGAAUGAUACCUUCGGUAGUUAUUUUUCCCCUCACUAGCACGGAAACACGUGUUUUGUCCUUUAAUACCAGCGGGUAAAAACGCAUUUUAUCCACUAGUGGGUAAAGUAAUUUGACCUUGAAUAAAGUCAAAUUAA